UCACAAACACGGCACAUGUGCAUUCACAUCGGUCGAAACCAAAGAUCUAGCUAGCAGCUAGCUAACAUAUACUAUCUCCGACGUGGUCAGUUCGUUGGUCAGCGAUCUACCUACGAUGAGGGAGCUGAUCCGGCGGCUGAGCUUCUCGGACCGGGUGAGCGACGGCAGCGGCGGCGUGCCGCGCGGGUGUGUGCCGGUGCUGGUGGUGGGCGACGGCGACAAGGGCAAGGAAAGCGAGCGGUUCGUGGUGCGGGUGGAGGCGCUACGGCACCCGUCGCUGGCAGCUCUGCUGGACAUGGCGGCGCAGGAGUUCGGGUACAAGCAGGAGGGCAUCCUCCGCGUCCCCUGCGCUGUCCAUAAGUUCAGGCAGGCGCUCACCACCGCCGUCGUCUCCAAGAACUACUGAUUAAUAAUUAAUUCUGUAGCUGAUCAAUUUAAGCAGGCCGACCCCCGAUCGAUGGAUUGAAUUCGUGGGUACUUGAGGAACGAUUCUUUGGUGCUGCUGACUAGUUGACUCUCUUGCCCAUCUUUUCUCCUCUUUCCAUUUUGAUUUCUCUGGCUGGGGAAUGACAUGACAGGAUAUGCCAUAUGUAUUGUGCGCUUAUAUAAUGCGCAUUGUAAUUUACGGUUGGACCUGCUGUCAAAAAUAACAAGUCAGUCAAUCAAUUGAUUAUUCGGUA